AUGUCCGCGGCAGGAGAUCGUCGGGAAAUUGUGAUCGUGGGUGGCGGAAUUAUUGGAUGCUGCUCUGCAUACUUUCUCACCCGGCACCCUUCGUAUGACCCAGCACGUCACAAAAUCACCCUUCUCGAAGCUACAGACAUCGCAGGCGGAGCAUCAGGCAAAGCGGGGGGUCUGUUAGCGGAAUGGGCCUACCCGAGCAAUAUAGUAGGCCUGAGUUAUGCUCUACACAGGGAACUUGCGAAUGAACACGAUGGGAAAAACCGAUGGGGCUACAGAGAAACCAACUGCGGACAAGUGGUCGUUCGAGGUCGCAAGCUCGCCGAGAAAAGUGAAUCCAAAGCCGAGGGCGAAUCGUUACAGAAACGCAGCACCGCCGCAUUAUCGAAGCUCAAGAGCGCGAAGAUCCCUAAGGACCUGGACUGGAUUCAGCCCGACCUUUUAAGGGCAUACGAGAGCAUGAGUGGGCCGGGUGAAACUGCACAGGUCCAUCCAUACUUGUUCACGACAUCUAUGGCGAAGCUGGCGGAAGAGCAAGGCCUUAGUGUCGUAUUCGGCACCGUAACGAACAUAACGAGGCCAAGUGAUGUCGUUGAGUCAGUUACAUAUACCGAGAAGGUAUCUGGGGAGUCACGCACAAUCCCUGCUACUGAUGUGAUCGUUGCAGCCGGCCCUUGGACUCAGGCUGUUCUCCCGGAAGUGCCAAUCCUCGCCACACGGGCACACAGUGUUGUCAUUCGGCCCACAAGACCAGUCAGCGCGUAUGCUUUGUUCACUAACAUUGAGAUCCCGGCCAACUUCCUCCCGUCUAAGCAGUCGAGGCCCACGGUCGCUGCACCCGAGAUCUACGCCCGCCCAGAUGACACUGUUUACGCCUGCGGCGAUGGAGAUAAGACAGUCCCUCUUCCUUCGACCUCUGCAGAGGUGGAGGUAGACGAUGAGCGUUGUCAAGAGAUCAUUGACCAAGUCGGCUGUAUCUCAGAUGAGCUGCGUGACGGCCAGGUCCAGACGAAACAAGCUUGCUAUCUGCCUAGCUGCGCCAUUGGGGGUCCCUUGAUAGGUCUCACGAAUACGAAGGGUCUAUAUCUUGCUUCUGGUCACACUUGCUGGGGCAUUCAGAACGGUCCUGGAACUGGAAAGCUCAUCAGCGAGUUUGUGUUUGACGGCAAGGCCAAAAGUGCCAAAAUUGGAUCAUUGGAUCCCCGCGAGCAAAUCUGA